AUGGAAGGAGUACAUGUAGAGGCAGAUGCAUCGGCCUUCAGAGACUGUUUCUCUUUGGCUUGGAAAAACCCGUAUGUUCUUCGUCUUGCUUUCUCUGCUGGAAUUGGUGGCCUUCUCUUUGGCUAUGACACAGGAGUGAUAUCAGGAGCUCUUCUUUACAUCAGAGAUGACUUCAAAUCUGUGGAUAGAAAGACAGUCUUGCAGGAGAGCAUAGUGAGCAUGGCAGUGGCUGGAGCCAUCAUUGGUGCUGCAAUAGGGGGAUGGUUGAAUGACAGGUUUGGAAGAAGAACUGCAAUUCUUAUAGCAGAUUUCUUAUUCUUCAUUGGUGCUGUGGUCAUGGCCUCUGCUCCUAACCCAGCCCUUCUCAUUGUUGGCCGGGUUUUCGUUGGACUCGGUGUUGGAAUGGCAUCAAUGACAGCUCCUCUGUACAUCUCGGAAGCUUCUCCUGCGAAAAUCCGAGGUGCCCUUGUUAGUACCAACGGGUUUCUCAUUACUGGCGGCCAGUUCCUGUCUUACCUCAUCAACUUGGCCUUCACCAAGGCCCCCGGGACAUGGCGGUGGAUGCUUGGUGUUGCAGGAAUUCCAGCUCUGCUUCAGUUCAUCCUAAUGCUGCUUCUUCCAGAAUCUCCUCGUUGGCUGUUCCGCAAGGGGAGGGAAGAAGAAGCCAAAAUCAUACUGAGGAGAAUAUACUCAGCUGAUGAGGUUGAAGCAGAGAUCCAAGCUUUAAAGGAGUCCGUUGAAACUGAGAUCCGAGAAAUAGGUUCUUCAAACAAAAUUAGCAUUAUUGAACUCUUCAAAACGAAAACGGUGAGAAGAGGACUGAUUGCUGGUGUUGGCCUUCAGGUCUUCCAGCAGUUUGUGGGCAUAAAUACAGUAAUGUAUUACAGUCCCACCAUAGUUCAGCUGGCAGGGAUUGCAUCCAAUCAAACUGCAUUGCUUCUCUCACUUGUAACUGCUGGUCUCAAUACCUUGGGCUCCAUUGUGAGCGUAUACUUCAUUGACAGAACUGGCAGAAAGAAGCUUCUCAUCAUCAGUUUGUGUGGAGUUAUUAUCUCACUCGGCCUUUUAUCAGCAGUUUUCCACGAGACUACUUCCCAUUCUCCUCUUGUUAGCCCGAUCGAAACGUCUCACUUCACAAACUACACCUGCCCGGAUUAUAGUUCAGCCAGAAACUCUGCAGCUUGGGACUGCAUGAAGUGUUUGAAGUCUUCCUCUCCAGAUUGCGGGUUUUGUGCUUCAAAAGCUGACAAGCUACUUCCUGGAGCUUGUCUGAUCUCAAAUGACACAACAAAGGAUACCUGCCAUGUAGAACACAGGUUGUGGUACACAAGAGGAUGUCCAAGCAAAUAUGGUUGGCUUGCACUAACUGGCUUGGCACUUUACAUCAUAUUUUUCUCUCCUGGCAUGGGCACCGUCCCGUGGAUUGUCAAUUCUGAGAUCUAUCCUUUAAGGUACCGCGGCGUUUGCGGAGGGAUAGCAGCUACUGCAAACUGGAUCUCAAACCUCAUUGUUGCUCAGUCCUUCCUGUCUCUAACACAGGCAAUUGGAACUUCUUGGACAUUCCUGAUAUUCGGGCUCAUUUCGGUUGUAGCCUUGAUCUUUGUCCUCAUUUAUGUACCAGAAACAAAGGGGCUUCCAAUUGAAGAGGUUGAGAAGAUGCUGGAGCUUAGAGCUUUGCACCUCAAGUUCUGGGAGAAAAGGCCUAAGACGUUAGAAAAAAGCCAAGCUUUGUGAAAAUAGAAACUCGUGCAUGAAAUAGGGAAGCAUAGAAAUUGGGCAAUAGAAUCUCCAAGAGAGCAAACUGAAUUAUAACCUGUAUUAAGUUCAAACAACCAAAAGAAACUCCAGCUUUGAUGGAAGAAGGCUGUGCCUAAAUUUACUUGUUCUCAUUGAAUGUGGAUCUGGACUUGUUUAAA